GUUUAACAACGAACCAUUUAUUCUUCAGACUGUGCGUCUCACCUUGAUAUGGUACUCAUGUACUACUACGACCAUAUCGGCAGCUGCUGUCGCAAAUUAAUCAUGAAAAUUGGAUGCCCAACCAAAAUAUUGCUGUAUCCGUACGAAGGAUGGGCGGCAGCCGCCAUGCACGUGUACUGGACCCUGAAAACACGUUGGUGGAAUCGCUCCAGGUGUAAAAUCGUAGAGGUGUGCGCUGGGAAGAAGCGGUCGACUAAGGGAAAAAUUUACGACGACGGCAACGGAAUGAUGUACAUCACGGGGCAUUUCAAAGACAGCAAACUGCCGGAUUUUGAGCUUCUACUGACGUCACAUGUUACGAAGCAAGAUUUCCUCGCUGGUUACAUUUUAACCGGGACUCUAGAGAGAGGGGAUAAAGAACAGAAGAACAUGCAAUUAACUCAUUUUGCAAUGAUCAAGCAGAAGUGACAUUCGAUCACGGUUACGGAGCAGUGAAAACAUUGCACGAAACAAAAAGAACAGAACCAGAGUACAUACAAUUGUUUUGCAUCGCCUACUAGUCUGCGUAACUUAUAAUCGGACAACUUAGACCACACACCACAAAGCGAAAUAUAUAGCUGUAUAUGAACACAACGCUUGGUCGACAUAUGAUAACGCUCGCAACUGUUCCACGCCAAAGGCCGUGGCUUUGAAGCCUUGUAGAGAGACCUAACAAUGCAACUCAGAUACGGUAUUUUAGAAUAGCAUGUCGCAUUCAUGUGUAAGCUAUUGUAAUGAGUCGCGAUAUGCAGGCCCCUUCAGGUGCAUCCGUAAAUCGUACUGCCGAAAUACCCUUCAAUAUAAUUUUCUAUGCAUUUCUAUAUAUAUAUUGGUUUAGUCGGAAUAUAUGUGAAACUAAAAUACGGUUUAAAUUCAGUUCCGAACAAUCCUUUUAAAACGACCUAAUUCUUGUGAAUACCUUUUCUCCUUGUAUAUCUGACAGCGGAGAAUUUGCCACAGAGGUAUCUGCCCGGUGACCUUUGAGUAACGAUAUAGACUUGUUCGGCUAACGUUGUAUGAUAGGCAGCAUUAGAGGAAAUACUAAUUCCCUCAUCCCGUUGAGAAUAUACCCGACGUGAUAAAAAUACGUGCAUGGCUUCGUUGAAUUGUUUCCUAAAACGCUUUCAUUGUAUAGCCAUUUGAACUAGUAAAAAUAGACGUAUAAAU